AUGAAGAGCAUCAGCUAUCCUGUUUAUGUUCAUUUAAACCAAGUUAACGGUGAAGUGGAAUAUGCUAAGUGUUCUUGUAAGGCUGGCCAAGGAGGUUGCUGCAAACACGUAGCUGCUCUAUUGUACACUAUUUUGGACUUUGUCAAUCUGAAUUUGAAACACGUUCCUGUGGAAUUGACAUGCACACAACUUCCUCAAAAAUGGAGUGUGCCCUCUGGAAGCUCAAAGACCCUGGACAAAGCUGUUAAAUUUGAAGAAAUGCUAUUUGAAAAAGCUGAUGUGAACAAACCUGCCAAAAGGUAUAUUGUAAAAGGGAGUAGGGAAGACUAUUGUGCUACUCCACCAUUUGCUCGGACUGUGACUGCAGAAGAAAUUAAGUCUAUGGCAAAUGCAUUUGAGAAAGCCAAUUGCGCUUCACUAUUUCGUGAAGCUAUAGCCUCAAAUAACUAUAAGCCAUGUGAACUUUUCGAGACAUCUUGUAAUCAGUUGCAAAAUAGAAAACUGGACAACAGCUCUGUUCCUAUUCCAACGCAAAUACCACCAAGUCAACUGGUUGAUCAGAUCUUUAAAAAUGUGCCAAAUGGUUACACCCCUCCAUCAGAUUAUAGCCCAGAACAACUAGAACUACAUUUGUAG